AUGCAGUACCAGACAGAAUCAUGGGGCUCCUAUAUGCCCACGAGAAGUAGCAUGGGCGGCGACCCACUGGAGCGCAUAGAGAGGAUGGCCUCAGAGAACGCUGUGGUGAUAUUCAGCGUGAGCAGCUGCUGCAUGUGCCAUGCCAUCAAGAGGCUGUUUUGUGGCAUGGGCGUCAACCCAACUGUGUACGAGCUGGAUGAAGACCCGAGAGGCAAAGACUUGGAGAGGGCCCUGAUGAGGCUCUUGGGCACCUCCUCUGCUGUUCCUGUGGUCUUCAUUGGUGGAAAGCUUGUGGGUGCUAUGGACAGAGUCAUGGCCUCUCACAUCAAUGGCACUCUGGUUCCUCUUCUCAAAGAGGCUGGGGCUCUGUGGCUCUGA